AUGGACAGACGUGCGGCCAAGGAUCAUCAACUAGACCUGCAUCGCCGCCAGUACGGCCGCUCUGGCGACAGACACGUCGCAUCAAGGCACACACACCUGAAAGAACCAUGGACAGGCCGUUCUAGAUCGAGAAGGGUGGACAAGGCUCCGGAUAGCAACGUAAUCGAAGCCGCCAGAAGUGGCAAUGGCAUUGUGGAAGAGUGGCUUGCCAAUGUCAGUCGUCGAGGCGUCGUCGAUGCUGGAGAGUCCGCAAACCGACUACAGUCAAGUCAGGAUAAGGAUAGUGCUCAGACUCCAGGAUGGAGACCGCACGGCAUCUCCUUCCCGAGCACUAUUCGAGGUGGUCAUAAACGCGUCGGAUCACGAGACAGUUCCAUCAUCCCCGAGCCGAUGACGAAGAAAGCCAGGCCGUCUACAGCGGUAAUCAGCCAUGGCCCCAGCCAUCGUUCUCCCGUGACGCGAAUCACGGGGUUUCCCAUAUCAGCAGAUAGUUCUCCGCCCAGAUUUGAGAAGCGGACGAGACACAAAACAAGAGAAGAUCGUUACGAUUCUCGGAAGAAACCCAAGGGAAAGCGACGGAGAGCCACUGAAGAGACCGUCACGCAGUCCGGAAACGCCCCGAAGAAGCCAAUCGCAUUGGGCCGAGAUGUCAUGAGCAACUUCCAGCCUGAAGCCGUUCUUAACGACAGACUCACAGUGAGCAAGCGUCAGAUUUCCGAGUAA